AUGUCCUUAAGCAUUAGGGAAAAAUUGAAGGAAAUUAUCUUUCAUCUCUUUCUUUCAUUUUUGUGACAAGAGCUCUCGUUCAAUUUACUCAAACUCAACCCUCGAAAUACUCUCUGGAUUGGUCGGGUGUUGACUAUUUUCAAGAAUUUGUCGCGAAAAAGCAUGAAUGUAAAACAGGAAAAAUAUACGGUGGAAGAUGAAGUGGUACCGGUAGUUUUGCACGACGGCGCGUACGGUACUUAUACCAUACAAACGUUUCAGCCAUCACAAGAAGUUGCCGCUGCAGUGGCAACGCUGGAAGCCAAUCAUCUCCAUCAGAUCAGAGAAAUUGAUAGUGAACAGCAAAUAAUUCAUCUAAAUGAAGGGGACUGUGUGGAAAUUGCAACUGUUACCAAUGCAACUCCUUCGGGACCGAGUGGUGUUGCCUCGAUCAUGUCCGACACUUCAUACCACAGCGAUAAUUCGGCAGAAUACAGCAUGGUGCCAGAAACCAGUCGUGCCAAGACCUACUACUGUCCCAACUGUGGCAAUUGCUAUAGUGCUGCCGGGAGUCUAAAGUUGCACAUUAGAGCAUGCACUCGUGAGAAGGAAACCUCUUCCAAUGAUAGCAGAAAAUGUGAAAUUUGUCAGAGAACUUUUAACUCUAGCACCUAUUUGCGAGAACACAUGCUGCGCCACUCUGGCAAAGGCCCCAAAAAGUGCCCCAAAUGUUAUCGCAAGUUCAUUGACGACACCAAGUACGAAGCCCAUUUGGAAACCCACAAACUUGAAGAACGAAUUGCUAUUGAAGCUGGCAAUCCAAUCAAUGCCGAUGGGGCACCCAGCGAAAAGAAGAUUAUCAAAGAGUAUGUUUGUUCGUUCUGUUCGAAAAACUUUACAGUUGUAUUCGAUUCACGCCACACCAAGCGCCGCUAUGCCUGCGACGAGUGCAGAGAGAAGUUUUCUAACGAAGAAAUGCUUAAACAGCAUAAAGCUCAGCUUGAAGAAAAGCGCGAGUUUCGAUGUGAAAAGUGUGGAAGAAAAUUCGUUUUCGAAGGCUUCCUACAAAGGCAUAUUCCGUCAUGUGAUGGCACAAUUCGAAGACGACGUGACCGUCAAUAAGACAAGCUUAGCGAGCUUAUAACUAAUUGCUUUCAAAAUCAUUUUUAUAUAUCAAGUCUCGUCAGUUAUUUAGGUAUUGAUUUUUUCCCUGUAAUAUUUCCUUGCAAUAAAUAUACGUUUUAGAAGUUGGA